GUUUCUGUUUCUUGUGGAAUACCUGACUUCAGGUCAAGAGACGGUAUUUAUGCUCGCCUUGCAGUAGACUUCCCAGACCUUCCAGAUCCUCAAGCAAUGUUUGAUAUUGAAUAUUUCAGAAAAGAUCCAAGACCAUUCUUCAAGUUCGCAAAGAAGAAACAGCAUUGAAGCAUUAUUUGGGGGGAAAAACACACACACAAAAUCCAGCAACUCAGCAUUCAUGAGCAGCUCUAUACUAUACCAGUAUGUGCCUGUGCAGUGGAAGGAAAACAAUUUUGGAAAUAUAUCCUGGACAAUUCCAACCAUCUCUCUGUCACAAAUUCAUAGCCUUGUCAGAUAAGGAAGGAAAACUACUUCGCAACUAUACUCAGAACAUAGAUACACUGGAGCAGGUUGCAGGAAUCCAAAGGAUAAUUCAAUGUCAUGGUUCCUUUGCAACAGCAUCUUGCCUGAUUUGUAAAUACAAAGUUGACUGUGAAGCUGUACGAGGAGAUAUUUUUAAUCAGGUGGUUCCUCGAUGUCCUAGGUGCCCAGCUGAUGAGCCACUUGCUAUUAUGAAACCAGAGAUUGUCUUUUUUGGUGAAAAUUUACCAGAACAGUUUCAUAGAGCCAUGAAGUAUGACAAAGAUGAAGUUGAUCUCCUCAUUGUUAUUGGGUCUUCCCUGAAAGUAAGACCAGUAGCACUAAUUCCAAGUUCCAUACCCCAUGAAGUGCCUCAGAUAUUAAUUAAUAGGGAACCUUUGCCUCAUCUGCAUUUUGAUGUAGAGCUUCUUGGAGACUGUGAUGUCAUAAUUAAUGAAUUGUGUCAUAGGUUAGGUGGUGAAUAUGCCAAACUUUGCUGCAACCCUGUAAAGCUUUCAGAAAUUACUGAAAAACCUCCACGAACACAAAAAGAGUUGGCUCAUUUGUCGGAGUUGCCACCUACACCUCUUAAUAUUUCAGAAGGCUCAAGUUCACCAGAAAGAACUUCACCCCCAGAUUCUUCAGUGAUGGUCACAUUUUUAGACCAAGCAACAAAGAGUAAUGUUGAUGAUGCAGAUGGGUCUGAAUCAAGAGAUUGUAUGGAAGAAAAAUCACAGGAAGUACAUACUUCUACUAGGAGCACUGAAAGUGUUACUGAACAGUUGGAGAGUCCAGAUUUGAAGAACAUUAGCUCCAGUACUGGUGAGAAAAAUGAAAGGAUUUCAGUUGCUGAAACAGUGAGAAAGUGCUGGCCAGCUAGACUAGCAAAGGAGCAGAUUAGUAAACGGCUUGAUGGUAAUCAAUAUCUGUUUUUACCACCAAAUCGUUACAUUUUCCAUGGUGCUGAGGUAUAUUCAGACUCUGAAGAUGACGUCUUAUCCUCUAGCUCUUGUGGCAGUAAUAGUGAUAGUGGAACAUGCCAGAGUCCAAGUUUAGAAGAACCCAUUGAGGAUGAAAGUGAGAUUGAAGAAUUUUACAAUGGUUUGGAAGAUGAUGCUGAUAUUAAUGAGAGAGCUGGAGGCACUGGAUUUGGAGCUGAUGGAGGUGAUCAAGAGGCAGUUAAUGAAGCUAUAUCUAUGAAACAGGAAGCAACAGACAUUAACUAUCCAUCAAACAAAUCAUAAUGUACUAAUUGUCCAGGUACAGGAAUUGUUCCACCAGCAUUAAAUAGCAUGUCAAAAUGAAUGUUUACUUGUGAACAUGAUAGAACAAAGGAAACCAGAAAGGUGUAAUAUUUAUAGACUGGAAAAAUAUUGUUUAUUCAUGGGUAAUUUUUAACUUCAUUAUUUCUGUACUUGUACACUCAACACUAACUUUUUUUUUUUUUUAAAGAAAGGUACUAAGUAUCUUUAAUCUGCUCUUGGUCAAGACUUUCUUUUAAAGGUUCAUUUGUAUGAUACAUCUAUAUGUAUAUAUAAUUUUGUUUUUGCCUAGUGAGUUUCAACAUUUUAAAGUUUUCAAAAAGCCAUUGGAAUGUUAAAUUAAUGUAAAGGGAACAGCUUAUCUAGACCAAAGAAUGGUAUUUUCACAUUUUUCUUUGUAACAUUGAAUGGUUUGAAAUCCUCAAAUCUCUGUUCUGCUAAAACUUUUGAUUCUUUAUUAGCAUAAUUAACCUAUUUUUAAACACUGGCAUUUCCCAAAACUUGUGGCAGCUAACUUUUUAAAAAUCUCAUGACAUGCAACUUGAGUAGAAGGAAGUCAACAAUGUGUGAGAGAGCACUCAGUUGUCUUUGCUUUUUAAAGUAAGACUUGGUGCUAAGAGUUUCAGGAAUAUUGUAUUGUUCAAAUGAAGAUGGCUUUUGUACUUCCUGUGGACAUGUGGUGAUGUCUAUAUUGGCUCAUAAAACUAAACUGAAAAACAAAUAAAUGCUUUGGAAAUGUUUCACUUGCUUUAGAAACUGCCUGCCUGGGUCCCCUUCGUUUUGAAAAUAUUUGCCAUUGUUGUUUAAGUACCUAUCACUGUGGUAGAGCUUGCAAUGGUCCUUUUCCACAAGUAUUAAAUUGUCAAGAUGUGAAUAUGCAAAAGCCUUUAUGAAUCUAUAAUAAUGGUACUCUGACUGGGGAGUGUGUAAUAUUUAGGACUGUUGCUUCUCUUGCCCACAAAUGAGGAGAGUGACAGGCCCCUGAUUACGGUUCCGAAGUAAUUAAGACAUUAAUUAUAUAUAACUCAGCCAGUAAAGUACAUGUCUCCUGUUGGGAGGAUUUGGUGUAAUAAACACCAAACUGCUAGCCUAGUAUUACAGAGAUGAACAUGAUGUAACUUGUAAUAGAAUAGUUAACGAAUGAAAUUAGUUCCUAUUGUGUCUUUAUUUAAAAGCUUAGCCUGCCUUAAAACUAGAGAUCAACUUUCUCAACUGCAGAAGCUUCUGGCCUUUUAAAAAAGUUCAUACUUUAUAAAAUUGCACAGUAAACAUUUAUUUUCCAGACUUUUCCCCAACAUUAUAAAGUAUUCCCAAAUUAUAAAGUAUUACUGUGUUGCUUUGGUAUUUAUUAAAUUUUUAAAAAGGAUUUGAAAUAUAGCUGUUCUUUAAGCAUAAAAUACCCAGCUACGACCAUUACUGCCAGAUAAAAAAAUUUUACUAAAUGGCCAUUUCCCUACCUAAAAUAUGUCUCAAUCUGAAUUCAUUUGGCUACACUAAAGAAUGCAUUAUAUUUAGUUUUUCAUUUGCAUGAUGUUUGUGCUAUAGAUGAUAUUUUAAAUUGAAAAAUUUGUUUUAAAUUAUUUUUACAGUGAAGACUGUUUUCAGCUCUUUUUAUAUUGUACAUAGUCUUUUAUGUAAUCUACUGGCAUAUGUUUUGUAGACUGUUUAAUGACUGGAUAUCUUCCUCCAACUUUUGAAAUACAAAACCAGUGUUUUAUACUUGUACACUGUUUUAAAGUCUAUUAAAAUUGUCAUUUGACUUUUUUCUGUUAACUUA